AUGAAACCCUCAGUCAUUCUGUCUUUGGCCGUGGCCUGUCUGGCCGCUCCCAUGGCUCCUCAGGGAGCCUACAAGGACGCUCUUGAUAUCAUCAACGGCCAGUCGUCCAAGUUCAGCGACUCCAGUCUGCGAAAGCGACACGGCCAGGAACCCGACUCCUUCAACAUUGUCUUCAAGGAUGGCGUGUCCAUUGACCAGAUUUCUGAACACCUCAAGCUGCUGGACGGCUUGAUCAACAAGGACUCUCUCAACGGUAUCAAGACCGCCUUUGACUUGCCCUCUCAGAAGGACGGCUCUGGCCUCAUGGGCUACACAGGCCACUUUGACAAGAGCAUUGUUGAUACUCUGGGAAAUUACUCGGACCUGGUGACGGUUGAAAAAGACCGAAUCCAGAAACUCCCCACCUUUGAGAGCUUCAAGUCCACCCAGAACGUGUACCAGGGUACACCUGAUGCCUACCAAGGCCUCAUUGACAACUUCUUCAAGUGGUGGAGACAGGGAAACAGUCCGGUCCAGGAUCCCAACAACGGCCAAGGCCAGCAGCCUGAAGAUGACGCUGUUCAACCCAUCGGCAACCAGCCCAACCCUAUCGGUCAGUUUCCUCCCCCAAUUGGCGGUGAGAAUCCGUUCCCAUCCAACCAGCCCUCACCUUCUAAGCCUGCUCCUGAAGAUCCUGUCACAGCCCCUUCCACCGCCCCCUCAAGCGCACCUUCCAACGGCUCUUCUCCCGGAACUGGCAACUUUCAGGAGGUCCCCACCAAGAACUGGGGUCUGUUCCGAGUGUCUCACAAGCAGAACUCGCAGUCCCAGAACCAGUAUGCCAUGAACAAGGACACCAAGAACCCCACCGUGGCGUACAUUGUGGACUCCGGAAUCCGAACAUCCCACAAGAUGUUUGAGGGUCGAGCCUCCUGGGGCGCCAACUUUGCAGAUAACCAGAAUGUCGACAACGCCGGACACGGAACUCACGUGGCCGGUACCAUUGGAGGAGCUGGCUAUGGAGUCUCUCCCUCCACCAAGCUGAUUUCCGUCAAGGUCUUUGCCAACAUGUACGGCUCCACUUCUCAGAUCAUGCAGGGCGUCUCCUGGGCCAUUGACGACUACGUCAAGAACAAGGACAAGUACCCCCGAGCCGUCAUCAACUUUUCUGGUGGAGGAGAUACUUCCGAGGCUGAAGACGCGCUUUUCCGAAAGGCUGUGGAGAAGGGUAUGGUUGUUGCUGUGGCCGCUGGAAACGACAACACCGAUGCCUGUGGAAUUUCCCCCGGUCGAGCCGGUAGCCAGACCUCCGGCUUCAUUACCGUUGCUGCCUCCUCUUCCGACGACUCUCUCGCCAUCUGGGACCCUUCUCAAAACAAGGCCUCCAACUGGGGUUCUUGUGUUGAUGUGAUUGCACCCGGAACCAACAUUCUUUCGGCUGACUACCAGUCCGACGACGGUAUUCUUUCCAACUCUGGAACAUCCAUGGCCACGCCCCACGUGGCUGGCCUGGCUGCCCAACUCAUGGCUACCUCGUCCGAGCUUCUGACCCCUGCCCAAGUGGAGGACACGCUCAUCAACGCCAAUAAUGGCAAAAUCACCGGUAACCUCAAUGGUACCCCCAACAAGCUGGCUUACAACGGCUCUGGUCUCUAG